CAUUGUUUUUCCUGUUUGUGAUUCAAGGGUUUUGCAACCUAGAGCUGGAGGUUGUUUACACAAAUACUGUAAUAUGUGCAAUAAAGGGCUCAACAAUGCAUUUAACUGGCACCUUUAAGAACACAAGAAAUUAUAAAACAGAGAUAUUUUGGACUUUAACCCCAGUGAACAUGACGGAUGACACCAAACGGUUGGGUGACCCAGAUUACAAUGGCAGAAUUCAGGAAUUGCCGAACGGCAAAACACACACUAUCAAACUCAGUCAUUUGAGACAUGAGGAUGAAGGGAAGUACUGCCUCAGAGUCGUGACACGUGUAGAAAUACAAGACUUACGGCCUUGUGCUGGGAUUGAGCUCAGAGUGACAGAUCUCAGAGUGGAGACUCCUGCAGAGGUUGUUGAAGGAGAUUCUCCAGUCUUAACUUGUAAAAGCUCCUGCAAUCUCGGCAGCUCAAUCUUCAGCUGGUAUAGAAACGGCGAGUCUUUCUCAGAAUCGGUGCGUCAGAAUCAGCUGAUUCUGCAGUCGGUCAGCAGAGAAGAUUCUGGAAACUACAGCUGUGCAGUAAGAGAUCUGAAAAAUCUGCCGUCUCCUGCUCUCACACUCAACGUCAGAUAUCCUCCAAAGAGCGUCUCAGUGUCCGUCAGUGGAUCUGCUGUAAUAGUGUCUGGAGAUUCAGUGACUCUGAGCUGCAGCAGUGACUCAAACCCUCCUGCACUGAACUUCACCUGGUUUAAGGAGAAUCAGAGCUUGGCUGUUGGAUCUGGACAGAGUUUCAGCAUCUCCAGCUUUAACUCCAGUCACAGUGGACGAUACUACUGUAAGGCGCACAAUAAAUAUGGCUCUCAGAGAUCAGAGUCUAUUUCAGUCACUGUUGAAGAAAGCAGCUCAUCUUGGGUCUUGAUCACAGCAGGAGUCACUGCAGCUGCUUUUGUGAUGUUUGUAAUUCUGAUGGUUUUCAUAUUGAUCAGAAGGAAGCGAGUGACUCCAUCAGAAGAGCAAAACCACAGAGGAAGUGGUAAAACGGUGGAGUCUCCUGAAAACCUCUACAUGACUCUUGACCCCAAGUCCAGAUGCUCUGAAUACGACACACUGGAUAUUAUGAAGAGAUCCUGUGAAAACACAGACAUCCCUGAAGGACAGGACCCAGUUUAUCAUAACAUUGGCAAAUGAAUGUCAAACUUUCAUUUAAUUUAAAAACACUGUGGAAAAAAAAAUCUUUUGUUAAUUUAAAAACACUGUGGAAACCUUCAAACACUCAAAUCCAUCAAUCUAGUUUAUAUUUAUAUUUAGAAAUAAAAAAAAAUGCUGGA